UCUCUGUCUAACAUCCCAUGUCUGUCCUCUGUCUCUCUUCUGGGCUUAUAGAUAGAUAGAUAGUAUCAGACAGCUCUGGAUAGGUAGUUAGAUGGAUAGGUAGGUGGCAAGAUAGAUAGCUAGUUUGAUCGAUAGGUAGUAAGAUAGAUAGGAUCCUACAGCUCUGGAUAGGUAGUUAGAUAGGUAAUAUAUAUAGGCAGUUAGACAAGUAGUAAGAUAGUUAGAUAGAUAGACAGGUAGUUAGAUAUAGACAUGAAGUGAGGUAGGUAGUUAGAUAGAUGGAUAGAUAGUAAUAUAUAUAUAAAGAAAGAAAGGUAGUAAGAUAGACAUAUAGAUAACCUCCACUCUUACACUAGCCCAAGCCAAUGGCAUGUACCAGAUGCUCAGCAGGCUCUGCUCACACUUACUGGCCUGAGGCCAAACCACACGACCAACAACAUUGGACACUUUAUGGAACACAAAGCCUUCACUAUAUCAUCCUGGAAUAUCCAAGGCCUGAGGUCAUCUGCCUUUGGCCUAAAGAGGAACCUGGACUUCACCAAAGAAAUCGGUAAUACAGACAUUGUCAUCCUACAAGAAACCUGGUAUAGGGGAGAUGGACCCACUGGUUGGUCUCUAGGUUACAGAGAACUGGUAGUCCCAUCCACCAAACUACCAGGUGUGAAACAGGGAAGGGACUCAGGGGGUAUGCUAAUUUGGUAUAGAGCAGACCUAACUCACUCCAUUAAAUGAAUCAAAACAGGAACAUUUUACAUUUAACAAGAAAUUCAAAAGGAAAUGAUCCUAACAGAGAAAAAUGUCCUCCUGUGUGCUGCCUACAUCCCCCCCACUAGAAUCCCCAUACUUUAAUGAAGACAGCUUCUCCAUCCUGGAGGGGGAAAUCAAUCAUUUCCAGGCCCAGGGACAUGUACUAGUCUGUGGCGACCUAAAUACCAGAACCAGACAAGAACCUGACACCCUCAGCACACAGGGGGACAAACACCUGCCUGCAGGUGACAGCAUUCCCUCCCCCGUAUGCCCCUCUAGGCACAACUAUGACAACAUAACCAACAAAAACAGGUCACAACUCCUGCAGCUCUGUCGCACGCUGGGUAUGUACAUCGUCAAUGGUAGGCUUCGAGGGGACUCCUAUGGUAGGUACAUCUAUAGCUCAUCUCUUGGCAGUAGUACUGUAGACUACUUUAUCACUGACCUCAACCCAGAGUCUCUCAGUGUUCACAGUCAGCCCACUGACACCCCUAUCAGACCACAGCAAAAUCACAGUCUACAUGAACAGAGAAAUACUCAAUCAUGAGGCAUCAAAGCCAAAGGAACUGAGUAACAUUAAGAAAUGCUAUAGAUGGAAGGAAAGUAGUGUGGAAACCUACCAAAAAACAAUUAGGCAACAACAAAUUCAAUCCCUUUUAGACAAUAUCCUGGGUAAAACGUUCCACUGUAAUAGUGAAGGUGUAAACUUGGCAGUAGAACAUCUUAACAGUAUAUUUGACCUCUCAGCUUCCCUAUCAAAUCUCAAAUAGAAAACCGAAGAAAAUUAACAGCAAUGACAAAUGGUUUGAUGAAGAAUGCAAACAUCUAAGAAAGAAAUUGAGAAACCUGUCCAACCAAAAACAUAGAUACCCAGAAAACCUGAGUCUACGCCUUCACUAUGGUGAAUCACUAAAACAAUUAUCAUUAACAGCAGACUUGUACAUUUCCUCAGUGAAAACAAUGUACUGAGCAAAUGGCAAUUUUUUUGACCAAAUUACCGUACGUACGUGUUCACCCUGCACACCAACAAACAAAACAAAGGCAAUGUCUUCUCAUGCUUUGUUGAUUUCAAAAAAGCCUUUGACUCAAUUUGGCAUGAGGGUCUGCUAUACAAAUUGAUGGAAAGUGGUGUUGAGGGAAAAACAUACAACAUUAUAAAAUCCAUGUACACAAACAAGUGUGCGGUUAAAAUUGUCAAAAAACACAGGGCCGUGGGGUGAGACGGAUGCAGCUUAAGCCCCACCCUCUUCAACAUAUAUAUCGACGAAUUGGCGAGGGUACUAGAUCAGUCUGCAGCACCCGGCCUCACUCUACUAGAAUCUGACGUCAAAUGUCUGCUGUUUGCUGAUGAUCUGGUGUUUCUGUCACCAACCAAGGAGGGUCUACAGCAGCACCUAGAUCUUCUGCACAGAUUCUGUCAGACCUGGGCCCUGACAGGCCUGGGCCCUGACAGGCCCUGGUGUCCCAAAAAAGGUCCAGUCGCCACGACCACAAAUACAAAUUCCAUCUAGGCACUGUUGCCCUGGAGCACACAAAAAACUAUACAUACAUUGGUGCAAAAAAGUAUUUAGUCAGCCACCAAUUGUGCAAGUUCUCUCACUUAAAAAAGAUGAGAGGCCUGUAAUUUUCAUCAUAGGUACACUUCAACUAUGACAGACAAAAUGAGAAAAAAAAUCCAGAAAAUCACAUUGUAGGAUUUUUAAUGAAUUUAUUUGCAAAUUAUGGUGGAAAAUAAGCAUUUGGUCACCUACAAACAAGCAAGAUUUCUGGCUCUCACAGACCUGUAACUUCUUCUUUAAGAGGCUCCUCUGUCCUCCACUCGUUACCUGUUAAUGGCACCUGCUUGAACUUGUUAUCAGUAUAAAAGACACCUGUCCACAACCUCAAACAGUCACACUCCAAAUUCCACUAUGGCCAAGACCAAAGAGCUGUCAAAGGACACCAGAAGCAAAAUUGUCCUACGGCCUCCUCCACGUCUCCUGAUGUACUGGCCGGUCUCCUGGUAGCGCCUCCAUGCUCUGGACACUACGCUGACGGACACAGCAAACCUUCUUGCCACAUCUUGCAUUUAUGUACCAUCCUGGAUGAGCUGCACUACCUGAGCCACUUGUGUGGGUUGUAGACUCCGUCUCAUGCUACCACUAGAGUGAAAGCACCGCCAGCAUUCAAAAGUGACCAAAACAUCAGCCAGGAAGCAUAGGAACUGAGAAGUGGUCCGCCUCCAUGCUCUGGACACUAAUCUGGACACCACCUGCACAACCACUCCUUUAUUGGGGGUGUCUUUGCCUAUAAUUUCCACCUGUUGUCUAUUCAAUUUGCACAACAGCAUGUGACAUUUAUUGUUAAUCAGUGUUGCUUCCUAAGUGGACAGUUUGAUUUCACAGAAGUGUGAUUGACUUGGAGUUACAUUGUGUUGUUUAAGUGUUCCCUUUAUUUUUUUUUAGCAGUAUGUGUAUAUAUAUAUAUAUUAUAUUAUAUUAUAUUAUAUGACAUUUGUAAUGUCUUUAUUAUUUUAAAACUUCUGUAUGUGUAAUGUUAAUUUUUGUUUAUUUCACUUUUGUAUAUUAUCUACCUCACUUGCUUUGGCAAUGUUAACACAUGUUUCCCAUGUCAAUAAAGCCCCUUAAAUUUAAUAAAUAGAUAGUUAGAUAGAUCUGUAGAUAGAUCGAUAGGUAGGUAGAUGGGUUGUAAUAUAGAUAGAUAUGUUGUUGGAUAGAUAUUUAGAUGGGAGGUAGGUAGAUGGAUAGGUAGAUGGAUAGGUAGGUAGAUGGGUAGAUAGAUAGAUGUAUAUGUAGGUAGUAAGAUAGAUAGAUAGAUCUGUAGAUGGGUUGUAAUAUAGAUAGAUAUGUUGUUGGAUAGAUAUUUAGAUGGAUAGGUAGAUUGAUGGAUAGGUAGAUUGAUGGAUAGGUAGAUUGAUGGAUAGGUAGAUUGAUGGUAGUAAGAUAGAUAUAUAUGUAGGUAGUAAGAUAGAUAGAUAUAGGUAGUUAGAUAGGGAAUUAGAUAUGUAGAUAGAUAUGGAGAUAUAUAGAUAUGUAGAUAUGUAGUUAGAUCUAUUUGAUCAUUUAAAACACAAUAAAACCUCAUGUGGAUAAAGCCAUUUUAAAUAAUUGAGGAUGACACACUAAAACAGUUUGAAACAGUAUUUCCAUUGUGGUCCUCUUAAAUAAAUGUCUCUAAGCAUUAACAAGCACAGUAUACCUACUAGGCAUGCUUGAGUUACAGAUAUAAUAAUAAUAAUAAUGAAUACAUUCUUUAACUUUUCAAAGAAUCUCAAAGCGCAUCAAAAGUAAGACAACAGAUAAAUAUGUAAAUGACGGAGAUUGAAAGCAUGUCAGUCGGUUUGGGAUCAAGUUGAGGCAAGUUAGUCUGUAAAGGCAGUGUAGGUUCAGUUGAGGAGCCAAAGACCGGAGCUGUGUUCCCAUGCUAACAUACUGUAUACUUCAUGAGUAUAUACUAUAGUAUACUGUAAACGCACGGUGUCCUUUCAGUCAAGUGUACUAGCGCUUCGCCUGUCUAUUGGAGGUUGAUGCUAGCUUGUUAGCAUAACAAAUUACUAUCUAGACAUCUUACAACUUCAUUAACAAUGUCCAUUGAGAACACACAACGACUAUACCGCUAAGAAAGAUGUGAAUAAUCAAGUCAAUAAAUGUUUUCCUACGUCUCUAUUGGAUGUGUCGUUGUUUGUCUGUAUUGGAUGUGUCGUUGUUUGUCUGUAUUGGAUGUGUCGUUGUUUGUGUCUGUUUUCUUCCAUCUGUUUUGGCUGUGUCGUUGUUUGUCUGUAUUGGAUGUGUUGUUGUUUGUCUGUAUUGGAUGUGUUGUUGUUUGUCUGUUUUGGAUGUGUCAUUGUUUGUCUGUAUUGGAUGUGUCGUUGUUUGUGUCUGUUUUCUUCCAUCUGUUUUGGAUGUGUCGUUGUUUGUCUGUAUUGGAUGUGUCGUUGUUUGUCUGUAUUGGAUGUGUUGUUGUUUGUGUCUGUUAUCUUCCAUCUGUUUUGGAUGUGUCGUUGUUUGUCUGUAUUGGAUGUGUCGUUGUUUGUCUGUAUUGGAUGUGUUGUUGUUUGUCUGUAUUGGAUGUGUUGUUGUUUGUCUGUUUUGGAUGUGUCGUUGUUUGUCUGUAUUGGAUGUGUCGUUGUUUGUCUCUAUUGGAUGUGUUGUUGUUUGUCUGUAUUGGAUGUGUUGUUGUUUGUGUCUGUUUUCUUCCAUCUGUUUUGGAUGUGUCGUUGUUUGUCUGUAUUGGAUGUGUCGUUGUUUGUCUGUAUUGGAUGUGUCGUUGUUUGUCUGUAUUGGAAGUGUCCAUUUGUGUCCAUUGUUAUAGUAUGUUAAACCCUCUGUGACUCCACUCGGCACACCGUUCACUGUAUGAGACUCGAGACAGACAUACCACACACUUUAACGUUACCUGCAGCGGCAACUCACCACAUCUCAUAGUCCUUGCUGUCUAUCUGUCGUUGUUAGACAUGUAUUUAGCGUUCAUGGCAGCUGUAUUUGUUGUCCUGGCUAUAAUGAUGAACUGCCGCCAGUUGGCUGUUCAGAAGACCGAGGCUGGAAGGAGGAGGAGACGACAGGCAUCUGGUCAAAGGAGGGCGCUGUUGAGGCGCUGUAUUCUCCUUGACCAGAAUGCAAAUGUAGGUAGGCCACAUUCUAAGUCAAUUAUUACACUGUACUGGUCUGUAUGUAGCCAAGUUCAUUGUCAAUUUGAUACAUGUACUUGGAUUAUAAUAGUAGAACAUGUCGUUUAGUGUAGCCUACAGGCUACAUUCAAUAAUGCACACACAUGGCAGAAUAGGCCUACAUAUCAAAUCAUGUGAAAGCUAUUUAUUUUGUUUCAAUUUGGUAAAGUUGCCUUUUCUCAUCACAGACUGGUGGCAGAGGACCCUACUGCAAAAACCCAAUGUACCCAUCCUGGACGACCUUGACCUCAAGCCCCACUUCCGAAUGACCCUCUUUUGACAGGCUGGUAGAGGCCUUGCAGCAUGAAGACCAGGACCAUGGCUGGGGCCAGACCUUGGAAGCCUCCUGUUUCUCUAAUGGCUGGCCAGUGCCACUUUGUAUUGUGUUGUGUCCGAGGCAGUUGAUGUCCGCCGGACCACAGUGCUCCAUGUCAUCCAUAGGGUCGUCAUUCAUGGGAUCAUGAAGAAUUUAAUUCAUAUCAGCUACAGGCCAUCUGUGACCACAGGUGCAGUUUCAUCUACAUUGCCUUCCCCGGGUCUGUGCACGACGCCAGGGCUGUAACAGUCCUUUACCCUCCAUCCUAAGGGAUGGACUCUGCCUGGCCGAGCCCAUCUGUAUAAUGACCCUACAGGCAGCCAGUGAUGGGUGCAGUGGAGGCCACCUACAAUUCAAAGCGUUCCAAGGUGAGGAAUGUGGUGGAGCGGUCCUUCAGGAUUAUGGAGACCCUGUGAAGCUCCAUCAUGAAGGCCUGGAGGUGAAGCCUACCUUUGUGUCUGAGGUGGUUGAAUGCUGCACGUCUGCCUCAGCAACCAGGACAUUGUGGAGCCUGAGGAUGAUGAUGGAGACCUGGACCAGCCUCUUCCUCAGAAUGGAUAUCACCUGUAGGACCAGCCUCUUCCUCAGAAUGGGCAUCACCUGUAGGACCAGCCUCUUCCUCAGAAUGGACAUCACCUGUAGGACCAGCCUCUUCCUCAGAAUGGACAUCACCUGCAGGACCAGCCUCUUCCUCAGAAUGGGCAUCACCUGUAGGACCAGCCUCUUCCUCAGAAUGGGCAUCACCUGUAGGACCAGCCUCUUCCUCAGAAUGGGCAUCACCUGUAGGACCAGCCUCUUCCUCAGAAUGGGCAUCACCUGUAGGACCAGCCUUCUCCUCAGAAUGGAUAUCACCUGCAGGACCAGCCUCUUCCUCAGAAUGGGCAUCACCUGUAGGACCAGCCUCUUCCUCAGAAUGGAUAUCACCUGUAGGACCAGCCUCUUCCUCAGAAUGGAUAUCACCUGUAGGACCAGCCUCUUCCUCAGAAUGGAUAUCACCUGUAGGACCAGCCUCUUCCUCAGAAUGGAUAUCACCUGUAGGACCAGCCUCUUCCUCAGAAUGGGCAUCACCUGUAGGACCAGCCUUCUCCUCAGAAUGGAUAUCACCUGCAGGACCAGCCUCUUCCUCAGAAUGGGCAUCACCUGCAGGACCAGCCUCUUCCUCAGAAUGGAUAUCACCUGCAGGACCAGCCUCUUCCUCAGAAUGGAUAUCACCUGUAGGACCAGCCUCUUCCUCAGAAUGGGCAUCACCUGUAGGACCAGCCUCUUCCUCAGAAUGGAUAUCACCUGUAGGACCAGCCUCUUCCUCAGAAUGGGCAUCACCUGUAGGACCAGCCUCUUCCUCAGAAUGGAUAUCACCUGUAGGACCAGCCUCUUCCUCAGAAUGGAUAUCACCUGUAGGACCAGCCUCUUCCUCAGAAUGGAUAUCACCUGUAGGACCAGCCUCUUCCUCAGAAUGGAUAUCACCUGUAGGACCAGCCUCUUCCUCAGAAUAGGCAUCACCUGCAGGACCAGCCUCUUCCUCAGAAUGGGCAUCACCUGUAGGACCAGCCUCUUCCUCAGAAUAGGCAUCACCUGUAGGACCAGCCUCUUCCUCAGAAUGGGCAUCACCUGUAGGACCAGCCUCUUCCUCAGAAUGGAUAUCACCUGCAGGACCAGCCUCUUCCUCAGAAUAGGCAUCACCUGUAGGACCAGCCUCUUCCUCAGAAUGGAUAUCACCUGUAGGACCAGCCUCUUCCUCAGAAUGGGCAUCACCUGUAGGACCAGCCUCUUCCUCAGAAUGGGCAUCACCUGCAGGACCAGCCUCUUCCUCAGAAUGGGCAUCACCUUUAGGACCAGCCUCUUCCUCAGAAUGGGCAUCACCUGUAGGACCAGCCUUCUCCUCAGAAUGGAUAUCACCUGUAGGACCAGCCUCUUCCUCAGAAUAGGCAUCACCUGCAGGGCCAGCCUCUUCCUCAGAAUGGGCAUCACCUGUAGGACCAGCCUCUUCCUCAGAAUAGGCAUCACCUGCAGGACCAGCCUCUUCCUCAGAAUAGGCAUCACCUGCAGGGCCAGCUCGCAGCUGCAGAAUCAGGAGUGGGCAAUGUUGCUGCACCCGCUAACCCCAUCCCAGUGUUCAGGCCUCCCAGGUGGCGCAGCGGUCUAAGACAUCUCAGUCGAAGUGGCGUCACUGCAGUCCCUGGUUCGAAUCCAGGCUUCAUCACAUCUGGGCAUGAUUGGAAGUCCCAUAGGGCGGCACAAUAUUGGCCUAGCGUCGUCCGGGUUUGGCCGGGGGUGGCUGUCAUUGUAAAAAAUGUAUUUGGUCUUAACUGACUUGCCCAGUUAAAUAAAUAAAACAUA